AUGCGCGGCCGAGGGAAUGCGCGCAGCCCGCGAGCCCUGGCAGUGAGCUGGCGCCCGGCGACCUGGCACCCGCGCCUGGAUAUGGGGCGCCUACGUCGUCCCAGAAGCAGCACCAGCCACAGGAACCUGCCGCAUCUGUUUCUGUUUCUCCUGUUCGUGGGACCCUUCAACUGCCUGGCGAGUCACAGCCGCGCCACAGAGCUUCUGUACAGCCUGAACGAGGGACUGCCCGCGGGAGUGCUCAUCGGGAGCCUGGCGGAGGACCUGCGGCUGGUGCCCCGCGCCGCCAGCAGACAGGACCAGCAUUCGCAGCCGCCAGAGCGCACCAGGGCCGAGUGGAAUCCGCCUCUCUCUUUCAGCCUGGCCUCCAGCGGACUGAGCGGCCAGUAUGUGACCCUAGACAACCGCUCUGGGGAGCUGCACACUUCUGCCCAGGAGAUCGACAGGGAGGCCCUAUGUCUUGACCGGGGUGGAGAGGCUGCCUGGGGCGGCAGCGUUUCCAUCUCUUCCUCUCCAUCCUCUGACUCUUGCCUUUUACUUCUGGAUGUGCUUGUCCUGCCUCAGGAAUACUUUAGGUUUGUGAAGGUGAAAAUCGCCAUCAGGGAUAUCAACGACAACGCCCCCCAGUUUCCUGUUUCCCAAAUUUCUGUCUGGGUCCCAGAAAAUGCACCUGUAAACACCCGGCUGGCCAUUGAGCAUCCUGCUGUGGACCCAGAUAUAGGCACUAACGGGGUGCAAACCUAUCGCUUACUGGACUACCAUGGCAUGUUCACCCUGGACGUGGAGGAGAAUGAGAAUGGGGAGCGCACCCCCUACCUGAUUGUCAUGGGCUCUUUGGACAGAGAAACCCAGGACCAGUACGUAAGCAUCAUCAUUGCCGAGGAUGGUGGGUCUCCACCACUGUUGGGCAGUGCCACACUCACCAUCGGCAUAAGUGACAUUAAUGACAAUUGCCCUCUAUUCAUAGACUCACAAAUCAAUGUCACUGUCUACGGGAAUGCUACAGUUGGUACCCCUAUUGCAGCUGUCCAGGCUGUGGACAGAGACUUGGGGACCAAUGCUCAAAUCACAUACACUUAUAGCCAGAAAGUUCCACAAGCAUCCAAGGAUUUAUUCCAUCUGGAUGAAACCACGGGAGUCAUAACACUUUUCAGUAAGAUUGGAGGAAGUGUUCUACAAAUGCAUAAGCUCACCAUUCUUGCAAAUGGACCAGGCUGCAUCCCUGCUGUGAUCACGGCUCUAGUGUCCGUUAUCAAAGUCAUCUUCAGACCACCUGAAAUAGUUCCUCGUUACAUAGCCAAUGAGAUAGAUGGUGUGGUCUAUCUGAAAGAACUGGAACCUGUGCACACACCUGUUGCAUUUUUCACCAUAAGAGAUCCGGAAGAUAAAUACAAGGUCAACUGCUACCUGGACGGUGAAGGGCCGUUUAGGUUAUCACCCUACAAGCCGUACAAUAAUGAAUAUUUGCUAGAGACUACAAAAUUAAUGGACUAUGAGCUGCAGCAGUUUUAUGAAAUAGCUGUGGUGGCCUGGAAUGCUGAAGGAUUUCAUGUCAAAAGAAUCAUUAAAGUGCAACUUUUAGAUGACAAUGAUAAUGCUCCUGUUUUCCUACAACCCUUGAUAGAACUAACCAUUGAAGAAAAUAAUGCACCCAAUGCCUUUUUGACCAAGCUGUAUGCCACAGAUGCUGACAGUGGAGAGAGAGGCCAAGUUUUGUAUUUUCUGGGACCUGAUGCUCCAUCUUAUUUUUCCUUAGACAAUGUCACAGGGAUUCUGACCGUCUCUACCCAACUGGACCGAGAAGAGAAAGAAAAGUACAGGUACACCGUCAGAGCUGUUGACUGUGGAAAGCCACCCAGAGAAUCAGUAGCCACUGUGGCUCUCACGGUGUUGGAUAAAAAUGACAACAGUCCUAGGUUUAUCAACAAAGACUUCAGCUUUUUUGUGCCAGAAAAUUUUCCAGGAUAUGGUGAGAUUGGAGUGAUCAGUGUUACGGAUGCAGAUGCUGGGCGAAAUGGAUGGGUGGCCCUCUCGGUGGUGAACCAGAGUGAUAUUUUUGUCAUAGAUACAGGAAAGGGCAUGUUGAGAGCAAAAGUCUCUUUGGACAGAGAACAGCAAAGCUCCUAUACCUUGUGGGUUGAAGCUGUUGAUGGGGGUGAGCCUGCCCUCUCCUCUACCACAAAAAUCACAAUUCUCCUUCUAGAUAUCAAUGACAACCCUCCUCUUGUUUUAUUUCCUCAGUCGAAUAUGUCUUAUUUGUUGGUACUGCCAUCUACUCUGCCUGGCUCCCCAGUCACCGAGGUCUAUGCUGUGGACAAAGACACAGGCAUGAAUGCUGUCAUAGCUUACAGCAUCAUAGGCAGAAGAGGGCCUAGGCCUGAGUCCUUUCGGAUUGACCCUAAAACUGGCAACAUCACUUUGGAAGAGGCCUUGCUGCAGACAGAUUAUGGGCUCCACCGCUUACUGGUGAAAGUGAGCGACCACGGUUACCCUGAGCCUCUCCAUUCCACAGUCAUGGUAAACCUGUUUGUCAAUGACACAGUCAGUAAUGAGAGCUACAUUGAGAGUCUUUUAAGAAAAGAACCAGAAAUUAACAUAGAGGAGAAAGAACCACAAAUUUCAAUAGAACCGACUCAUCGGAAGGUAGAAUCGUUAUCCUGCAUGCCCACCUUAGUAGCUCUGUCUGUGAUAAGCUUGGGUUCCAUCACACUUGUGACAGGCAUGGGCAUAUACAUCUGCUUAAGGAAAGGGAAGAAGCCUCACAGGGAAGACGACAAUUUGGAAGUACAAAUCCCACUAAAAGGGAAAAUUGACUUGCACAUGAGAGAGAGGAAACCAAUGGAUAUUUCUAAUAUUUGAUAUUUCACUGUGGAAUAACAACAGAAGGUGUUUUAAUUGACUCUGGAGAGUCUUGUUCACCUGAAUAAGAGUGUGUCGAUGGCAGCUCCAAUGAAGGACGACUAAUUUAUAACUUGUACUAUAUUGUAAAUAGCUGUUUACAGAUUUUUAAAAUCAAAUCCAGAGGUUAUACAAUGUGUACAGCGUUUUUAAAUGAAAGUUAGUACUAACAGCUAUAGAAAUGUUAUAAUGAAACGUAAAAAAAAAAAAAAAGCUUGGACAUGAUUUGCAGCUUUCAUAAACCAAGCAGAUGAUUGAUAAAACCUGGGAUUAAGGUAAGAAAAUAGCACUUUUUUCUUUUGGUCUAAAAAGUCCUUUCACCACAAGAGGGCAUCAGUUUCUCCUUUACAGGGAACUGAGGUAUUGUACAUGACAGUUGUUGUACAUGAAAUUAAUGAAAGAGUAUAUUUUAAAUACAUUGUUUUUAACAUUAAAUUAAUAGGAACUUAAAGUAAAUGGAAUUUUGAUCUACUUAAAUAUAUGAUAAUAAGGAAAAGAAAUGCACUUAUAAACAGAAUGUUUUUACCUCACAAGUACAUCAUGUAUAGUUUGAAAGAGAAGGCAUUAAAUUAAAAAGUGCAAUUCAUUUUUAGCAAGGAUAAAAGCAUUGCCAUGUGUUACAAAGUCGACCUGCUGAAGAGCAUUUCACUUUCUGUGUACUCAAAUUGCUUUCCUUUUGCUUUACCCCUGCACUAUUUUGACAGGGGAAUAUAUAUAUACAUACAUAUAUAUAUAUUUCCUGCAGAAAAUUUAAUUAGAAAUUGUGCCCAAGAAAAACAGCCAGAAGUAAGGAAAUGUUUUAUUCCUUAUUUGCUGAAGAGGUGUCCAUGGCAUUCUGAUGUUUUCACAACUUCUCAGUUGUGCUGUAACUUGGGUAUAUAUUUGAGUUUUAUGUUUUAACUCAUUCGUCACUUUAGAAAAUAAAGUUAAAUUAAAAUUGGAUUAUUCUAAAAGCUAAUGUACAGUAUUGGUUGUUUCAGUUUUACAUUUUAUAUGAAACUUAUAUUUAUCUCUUUGUCGUUGCUGAUGUUUGUUGACUACCAUUUCUUGCUUUCCUUCUUUGGCUUUGGAUUAAAUCCAAGCGUUUUUUGUAAGCCCAGCAGUAGAUUCUUUUGCUAACUGAGCUUUUACAGAAUUUCGCAGUGAAGAAAGCUGGUAACCAGUGAUAUAUCACUUUCACUUCAUUGUGUAAGCUUGAAAUUUUAUUUUGUAUGAGAACUAUAGCAAAAUUAUCUGUAUAAACACGGAAUGUAAGUGUUAGCUUAAACUGGAUCAUUUUACUCUUUGGCACAUGUGUCUGUAUUGUACCAAAAGUGUUUAUAUGUCUACAAAUUAAAAGUAUAUAUUUUCAUAAUUUCUUUCUCAUUUUUACCAUUUUUGAACAGGCUGUUGUUCUUUCACAAAAGUGCCUGUUUCUUGGCAUUCUUUGUUUUUAGGAUAAGAUGUGAGUAAACCAUCAUAUUCUGCUAUGCUAACAUUUUUAUUAAACCAAUUCAUUAGUCAUUUAAACAUUGGAUAAGUCUUUAAAUAUGUAUGUGGUUAUAGACAUAAAGUAGCAAGAGAAUAUGUCUGUAAGUUUGAUAUAAAUUCAAAUGAAAA